GACCCUGGUCGGCUUCUAACUUCGCCGUUUUGUGAUUGAAACAAAUGGAAAUUGCCAGGAGCUCAGUUCUUCAUGGUUGUGGAACACGUUGAGCAUGGCUUAAUAAGUUGCUUGCAUUGACCUCCUCACUUCGACAUGGAAAUCUUGAAAAGUCUCAUUCCUCACCGGCUGGCCCGGAUGACCUUAGUGGCCUUUUUAAUACAGAUAUGUGCUCUCCUGGGAUUGAUCGUGGUCAAUUUAGUGCCUGGAGGGCAGCAUUGGGCCAUAGGGAUGACUUAUUUACUCAUCUACGCCUUGUUCUUCGCUUUGGUGGGCAAAGUAUGUGAGACGGAACAAGUCGAUGAUUUCAGCCAUUGGUGGAGGGCCACAUUUUGUGGCUUAACCUUCUCCAUGGGGGUAUACGUGUCGUUCUUUGACACGUUGAGCAUCUUUGGAUGGUAUUUGAUCAUCAUGGGGACAUUUCAUUACUCUGAAUAUUUUGCCACGGCCAUUACGAAUCCAUGUAAUCUGAGUACGGAUUCAUUCCUACUCAAUCACAGUCCGGCUUAUCACAUUGCGGCAGUUCUCAGUUGGACUGAGUUCUUUCUGGAGUGGUAUUUCUAUCCACCCUUGAAAGCUUACAAACUGAUCAGUGCAUUGGGAGUGAUCCCGGUUUUGGGAGGUGAGAUUCUACGGAAAGUGGCCAUGGUUCACGCCGGACGCAGUUUCAGUCACAUUGUUCAAACUGAGAAGCGGGAAGACCAUAAAUUGGUUACGGAUGGGGUGUUCUCAAUUAUGCGACACCCGAGUUAUGUGGGUUGGUUCUAUUGGUCCAUUGGCACUCAGAUUGUGUUGUGUAAUCCCGUCUGUGUGGUGGCGUAUGCCAUUGUGUCAUGGUUGUUCUUCAAUGAGCGGACUUAUCUAGAGGAACACACUCUCUUGGCAUUCUUUCAAGAAGAAUAUGAAGAGUACAAGCAACGGGUGCCAUCCGGAUUGCCAUUCAUAUCCGGUUACCCUAUACAAGAAGAAGGCUAAUUCUUGAUGUGAUAACUUAAUUAUGUUGACGUGAAAAUGUAGAAAGAACAUGUA